CACAGCUUCAUUUAAAAUAGAUCAGGGAAUCUACAUGGCCUGCAGUCCCCUAAAUAAUUAUUUUAGCUUGUAUAUUUCAUUUUUUUCACAUAACCAUGAGAUUUAUAUAUGUAUUGUUCAUAUUUUUUUCUUCCCUGAUACCGGGUCUAGUGGCUUAUAAUUGCUCUUGUGCAAAUAUAACAUGCCCCCCACGACCUGUAAAUUGUUUUGGCAGUUAUACACUUGAUCCUUGUGGAUGCUGUACACAAUGUUCUAAGAAAGAAUGGGAACCUUGCGGUGGAGAAUCCUGGGUACUUGGCUACUGUGCAGCAAAUCUGAAAUGUGCAAAUAUCACUGGAGAGACACUUGUUGAACUUCCACAUGUUGGAGUCUGUAAAUCUAUGAGAAAGCACUCCACAGGCGCACACUAUUUUGAAGAUGAUGACGAAUUAUGUCCCGAAUAUGAAGCAUGUUUUAAGGUCAUGGGAACCUGUGACUGUGUAAAAAAAAGGACUUGCUUUAUGAAUUUUAUGACUGAGGCUCGAUGUCGCAUGCAGGUGGAGUCUGAUCAGGAUCAUGAGGAGGUACUAUACAGAAGAUACAAUAUACAGUGCUAUACAAGUGGAUGUAAUAUCAUUGAUGAUAAAUGUGUAUGUGGACCAGUGCCUUGUGGACAAAACUAUAAAUUUAAAGAUCAAAUGCAAUGCAACACUGCAUUGGUCAAGCAGAAAUGUGCCAACGUUACCUGUCCGGAAGUAAAAAACCUGAAAUGCCCCAGUGACUCAAUGGCUACUAAGCCGCAUACACCUGCUGGAGAAUGUUGUCCUACAGUGCCAAGCUUUUGUUCCUGUAAUUUUAAUUCAUGCAAAAAUGAUUGUCCAAGGGGAAAGAGGAAGAUAAUGAUCAAAGAAACAAAUGGAAUCCCAGGAAAAUGCUGUGAUAAGUUCUUGUGUUUAUUGUGAAGAUCUCUGUUUCGAUUGACAAUGUUCUUAGGAAAAAAUCUUUC